CUGAAAUUGAAACUGCCAUACUGAACUGAAAUGCGAAGCUCUUAAUCACUGUUGAACGAGGGCGAAGAACAUAAAAAAAGAAGGCCAUGGUUGUGCUUGUUCCUCUUCCCGCAUGUCCUGAUUCCCUUUCUUUCCACCAUUCGGUUCAUAGUCAUACAACCCUUUUCCCCUUCUCAAUCUCAAGGCCGAGGAGCUCCAGUUUCUAUUCACAAUCUCGGCUAGGUAUAGCUAAGGCCACCCUUUUAACUAACUCCGAAUGGUUCCAAGUGGGACGAUCCAUUGGGAGCUAUGGCUUCAUGAACGUUACCAGCUACUCAGCCUUUCCCUCAGGGACAGGCAAUGAAUAUUCAUAUGCAGAUUUGGGAGAACUGAAAACUCAAGAUGUUGGAGAAGGCAGUGUAAAGAUCAGGCUUUAUGAAGGGAGAGUUUCCCAGGGUCUACUUAGAGGAACUCCAGUUGUUUUUAAGGUUUAUCCUGGAAAACGAGCUGGCGGAGAUGAGGCUGAUGUGAUGGCUGCAAAUGAGUUGAAUUCACACUUGGUUCUUCAAGGCAAUUCUAAAGGUAUCAGCCAGCAUAUUAUGUUCCUUGUAGGUGGAUUUGAAACAAGUACCGGAGAGCAGUGGCUUGCUUUUCGUGAUGAUGGGAAAUAUAGCGCAGCAGACUAUGCCAAAAUUGCAAGUGAGAAGGUAUCAAAAGACCAACUAUCUUCCUGGAAUCGCUUUGAACGAGGACAAAAAAUCAAAAGAAGACAAUAUUUUAUUAUAAAGCUGCUUCAAGGUGCUAUGAGUGGUCUAGCUUACAUGCAUGACCACGGCAGAUUGCACCAGAGUCUAGGACCAUUUUCUGUGGUUCUCAACACAAUUUCAGAAAGAGAAGCUCGUUAUUUGAUUCCUAGACUUCGGGAUCUAGCCUUUUCUGUUGAUGUAAGGCACUUAGAAGAAGAUGAUUCAGAAUUACUUCCAGAAGGGCUUAGAAGACGAGCUUCAGGUGCUGGUGCAUUCACACGAAUGGAGAAAAGAGCUUUUGGAAUAGCUGAUGAUAUAUACGAAGCAGGUCUUCUUUUUGCAUACUUGGCUUUUGUUCCAUUUUGUGAAGCUGGUGUAAUGGAUAGCCUUUCCUUGCAAAGGCUUUUGGAGAACACUUUCCAACUUGAUCUUGAAGCAACACGAGAGUAUUGUAUGGCAGAUGACAGAUUAGUAAAUGCUGUCGAGUUCCUGGAUCUUGGGAAUGGUGCUGGUUGGGAGUUACUUCAGGCAAUGCUUAAUGCUGACUUUCGAAAGAGACCGACUGCGGAGGCUGUUCUCAAUCAUCGGUUUAUGAAUGGAACAGUCCUUUGAGUUUCAAGAUCAAAGAAUAUGGUUGUUUUUGUCUUUAUGAAAAAUCUAGCACAUGGUUUCCCAUGCCAUUUAUGUUUAUCUGUAAAUAUUCCAUACGUUUUUAGAAGAAAUAUCUUGAAUUUGCAUUGCUUUCUUACAAGUUGCAAUGCUCAUGUGAAUAUUGUAUCUUCUAAUUUUUGCACCGUUCAUAUGUAAGUGACAAAACAACGAAGAUCCUGUGAUUGCGUCUUAUUCAAGUAGACUCGUUUAAAAUUCGUAUUUUGCCAUUUACAGCUAUACAAGAACAGAAAAUUGGGGUAGGGGAGAAUCAUCCCCUGUGGGGUUUGAUGCACAAGAUUGUUUUGCUGAGAGACCAAGAAUGGCAGGUAACCUUUGUCUACACAUUUAGGGAAGGGAAUGGAGUAACGGAUUGGCUUGCAAAUUAUGCUACCUCUUUAGGAAAGGAGACUGUUUAUUUUGAUGUUCCUCCAUACGCUUGUCUUGGAGCUGUUAAUAGGGAUUAUAGAGGGAUAGCCUGGCCCCGUUUGA